AGUACAUGCACAUAUGCCAAUAUGUAACUAUGUAGUUGCACAAUUAUGUAAAUAGUCAUAUCCAUGGAUACCUAUGAUUGAUGUAUCAAUGAUUUAAUUUGAUGUGCCCUAGCCUACUAGGUACCUAGCACCCUAGCAUACUAGGUCUUAUCUAAUCCAUGGAUGUAUUCAAUCAUUGCAAUGUUGUACCCAAAACGUCCCUCCGAAAACUGAACCUAAAAAUCGAUAAGGACUUUUUGACUUGACCAGGACUAGCCAGGACUGACCGCCACACUGUUGGCCGAAAUUAAGUCAACCUUCUCUUUCGUUCUGUACCUACAUACCUACAUACCUUCCACUUACAUAUCCAUUACUUCUUCCAAAAGAAAAAGAAAAGAAAAAAAAAAGAAAAAGAAACUCAAUUCCAAUUGAACUUAACACUAACUCGACAACAUGCAAGGCUUCCUCCUCUCAUUGUCCCUAGUGGCAUCUAUCACCAUAGGUGCUUUAGCCUCGACCCCUUCGGAGCUAAAGAUCGACGUGACCCUCCCCGUCGAAUGCGAUCGAAAAACGCAAAAGAGCGAUACCAUUCAAGUACACUACAGGGGAACGCUUGCAGCCAAUGGGAACAAGUUCGAUGCCAGUUACGAUCGAGGCACUCCCUUUAGCUUCACCCUAGGCGGUGGUCAAGUCAUUAAGGGAUGGGAUCAAGGGCUCUUGGACAUGUGCAUUGGGGAGAAAAGGACCCUAACUGUACCUCCCGAGUUCGCUUACGGAAAUCGAAACGUGGGAUCCAUCCCACCAGGAUCUACUCUAAUCUUCGAAACGGAGCUCAUGGGCAUCAAAGGCGUCCCUAAGCCCGAGUCCAUCGUAACCAAGGCCAGUAGCAGCACGAGUUCAGCCGCUAGCGAGGCUUCCGAGAAGGCAUCGGAAAAGAUUGCGAGAAAAGUCGAAGAAGCCGUCGAAGUCGUAGGGACUAUGCUUGCCGAUACCGAUGAUUCUCAGGACCACAAUGAGCUGUGAAGUCAUUGAUUCAUAGGAUUUCGCUUCCAUAGACACGUAUAAAUAUACAUACUUGUAUGGCUUACUUUGAGUUCUUACUAAUAUAAUAUUUAUAGCUUAUAAUGUUAU